CGCCUCCUUGCAGGGAUUUUCUUGACGGGCUUGGAAUGAUCUGGCGCGAGGGUAGGGAAGUUGAUCAGACGUCCCGUUCCGCUCGCUCAGCUCACUCAGCCCUUACAGCACAAAUAUCUAAUCAGUUAGCGGAUCGCAGGAGACGGCAGCCUAGGCGCUCUGUACGCCGCCGGGUAAUCUGGGCAGAAGCGAGAGAGAGAGAGAGAGAGAGGAAGAGGAAGGAAAAGCUGAAAGUGAAGCAUGAAGGGGGACCAGCUUCCUGCGAACUGACAGCUUUGAAGAUAGAAAAUGCCAAUGCAGCCCAUGUGCAUGAGGACGUGGAGAAAGAGAAGGCAGAGUGGCUGGAGAAGCAGAGAAAGGAGGUCACCAGGCUCCUGCAGCAACACCAGGAGGAGAAAGAAUAUCUGAAAGAAGCUCACCAAGCAGAGACCAAGACACUUAGCCAAGAAAUUAAAAUCCAGGUAGAAAAGGAGAAGGAUUUAGAGUGUAAACAGCAACUGUCUGAGCAAUAUGACUCACUGAAGAGAGAGCAGGAAGCGAGACUUAGAGAGCUGCAGAAGGCACAUGAACAAGAGAAGCUGUUCCUCACAGAAUCCCACCAAAGAUCUCAGUCAUCUUUACAGGAGACUAUAGAUGGAUUGAGUUCCCAAAUGAAGUCCUUCCAAGAAAAAAUGAAACGGGUGGAAGAGUCAAUCCUGAGCAGAGACUAUAAGAAGCACAUCCAGGAUUAUGGGAGUCCCAGCCAGUUCUGGGAACAGGAACUAGAGAGUUUGCAUUUCGUCAUUGAGAUGAAGAAUGAACGCAUCCACAAUUUGGACAAAAAGCUGCUGAACUUGGAAACAGUGACUGAGAGAAACCUAUUGCUUGAGGAAAAAAUGAAAACCCUUCAACAAGAAAAUGAGGAUCUCCAGGUACGGAUGCAGAACCACAUGGCAGUGACAAGGCAACUUUCCGACGAGCUCCUCACUAUUCGCGAGGCCCUGCAGAAGGAGUCCCAGCUGAGAGAGCAAGCUCACCGGGAGAAAGAAGAGCUGCUGUACAGAGUGCUUAAUGGGGAUUCUUCCCACGCCUUCCCUCUCUCAACUGAAGCACCGCUCAUUGCUACGUAGCCCUUCGAAGGGCGGAAUAAAUGGCUGCGGAAAGGGUUGGUGUAUAGACCUAGAGCAUAUGCUGUGAGACACUGUGGUGUGAGAGAGGUUCUUGAGGUAUCACGUUCUUUGAUUCCCUCCAAUAUGUGGCCUCCUUAUUCUGACACUUGAAGAGGCUGAACUAGUUUGCCUUAGGAGUGGUAUUUCUCUUAAAGUCAACUUUAAUGCUAGUCGGGGGGCCAUGUUAAGCCGACAUACAUUUUAAUGUAUGUAAAUGAGCAUUGACUGUGGGUCUUUCUCCCCUACCCUGGGGAACUAGCAGAGUUAACUACCUCGGAUAUUAGACCACAUGAGGUAUGGUGGUGUCCCAGUUACCCUUGGUUUAAUAUUUCAAUAGCUAUGGCUGUAAGUGAGAAGCUACAGAAAAGAAGCUGUAUCUGUAAGAGGAGAUGCAAAUCAAUAAAUGUGCUGGCCUUCUGCUAGACAUCAGGGGAGGCAAAGUUAAAAUUCCACAGCUGUUUUGAUCUGAGCUGGAACUAGACUCAAUCACAAAUCUUUUAUUGGAUUCCUGAAUAUAAAGCUUUGGAGAAGUUUGACAAAAGUAUGCAUAUGAACGUAACCGAGGGGCCUUUUAAAUGCACUCUCAGCAUAGGAGCCACUUAUCUGCAUGGCUGGGAGAGCAUUUAAAUAAUAAUGUGGGUGGGCCCACUGGCCUAGGUUCCACAUCCACCACCAUGCUGGGAGUGCUGUGUGUGUGUGUGCCAGUUCCCACCUCCAUGACUGGGUCAUUUAAAUGCUCUUGCUGCAGUGAGGGACUUGUUCACAGAGAAGCAGCCUACAUACAGCUGGGAGAACACUGAAGGGUACUUUCACCAAUUCACUUCCUUUCGAAACCAAAUAUAAUCCUUUAACAGAAGCCGUUCUGUCCACUUUGAUUCUUCCUUCUCUGCUGAAAUUUUCUAGUAUUUGAGAACCACAUAUUGGAAAUCAAAGGGUGCCGUUUGUGACCAUCUUGUGAAGCUGAUAGGGGCUGUACCCUACUAGCUCUCUGACACAAUACAAGUUUCAGAGAAAUGAACUUUUGCUGUGCCCAGUCAGAGACUACUGUAGAGGUGCACAGCAGGUACAUCUAGAGGUGUAAAAAAGAAUAAUUUGAAUUGGAAUGACACAGGUUUGUAAUGUAUUGUUUCUAAUCCAGAAGCAUGUACUCCAUGAUGGAAAUGUGACCUACGAUGCAAUGUGCACAUAGGAUGUAUUGAUAUAGUGCAAAAAGAAUGGCUGAUCACAGAAGGGCUGAACUAGAUGAUAAAGGAAACCCACUGGAUUCCUAGUUUCUCUCUAGGAAAACAUAAAACAGAUUUACAUAAACUGCCAAAUGCAGCCCACUGGUCAUCUCUUGUGAUGCCUGACAAGCUAUCUUCUUUUGGUUUUAAGGUAUCAGACAAUGAUACCUGGAGAUGCUUCAGCCCACCCCAUCUCGUUUCCACACUUCCUAUUCUGCUUUUUCCUCCUCCUUUUCAAAUACAGUUCAACGAGGACAACAGGGUUUUUUGUCCCUUUUUUGCAUGCAAAUGACAAGGCAUGUGGAGGAGGAGAGGAGAAGGAGGGUGUAGCUGAACUAGGGAGGUGGUGGCAGUGGAAGCAGCUGCCCCCACUGACAAGCUACCUGAGGUGACCACCCCACUGACAAUCAUCUGAAGUGACCACCUCAGAUUGCCUCAUUAUGAGGCCAACCUUGCUCAAUGUUAGCAUUUCUAACGGAGGUUGACUGCACUUGGAGGCUGACUCCGCACUUUCAGCCCAGAAAGAGAGCAGUUGCACCAAGGCCUGCAUGGAAUUUGCUCUUCACGAGCCUUUGGGCCAUUUUCAAUACUCAAAUGUCCAGGGAAGAAGAGUUUUAGCCAAAUAAAUUUUAUUUGAGCAAAGUAAAUAUAUAAAGUUCCUAAGCUCCAGUAAAUUGUUUUGUUUGGCAUAUUUAACAUUUUAAAAAACACUUUAUUUCAGCCCAGGUAAGGCGAGUAGUUAGUUGAAACUACUUAACUGCUUCAGAAUGGUUAGUCAAAGUAAUUAGAACUGCUUUUAUCUCAUGUAAUUAAAAAAGAGAGAGCCAAACAAACCCUACUACUUGAGUAGUAAUUGAAGUCCAACUAAUUUCUAAAGCAGUUAAUUCCCAUUAUCAUGACAUAUCUUUGCUCAAACACUAAAAAAGGCUUUUCCUGGGUCAAUGUAUCCACUCUGUAAUUUAGAGACUGAGAUUUCCACCAUGACAUAUUUUGUUGGUAUGGAUUCCAAGUAGGGCAUCCAUCUGUAGUCUGUCCCAGAAUGAUGACUUGGUAUCUUAUUCAUUUUGAACUAUGAAGUACUGUUCUCCUUGAAGUAAAUAGUAAAGUGUGCCAUCGAGUCGGUGUCAACUCCUGGCGACCACAGAGCCUUGUAGUUGUGUUUGUUAGCAUACAGGAGGGGUUUACCAUUUCACCACAAAUAAUCUCUACUGCCUUCAUUUGUCAUAACUAUAACAAAGAUAUAAAAGUGGAAGUGAUGUGCUUCUGACUGGUGAUCACAGUAACUAUCUCCUAUAUAUUGGUUGUUGAACUUCUUAAAUAAUAAUGAUGAACUUCCAGUGUGGGUGAUCUUCUGCAGAUAUGAAGCAAAUUUUGUUUUGUAGGGAACUGGCAGGACAGAAAAUUCGAGUGCCAGAGUGGUAUCAGGCGAGGUUUUUUUAUAGUCACUUGGGUGACGUGAGCAACAGCUGCUGACCCUAGUGCUUCUAAUCCAUGCCUAGAUGGGCCCCCUGCCUAUAGCUCAGUGGUAGAGCUCGUGUUUUGUAUGCAGAAGAGCAUUCCACUUUCAGUGACCUCUCUAGCUAAAAGAUGGGCUGUGAUAUGCCUCUGUCAGUCAGGUGAGAAAUACUUCUGUCAUGUCAGGAGAACUGCUGCCAAUCAGAGCAAGCAAUAUCAGGCUAGAUGGACCAAUGGCCUAAUUCCAUAUAAGGCUGAUUGAUAGGUUCAUAUAUCCCUGACAAUUGGCCAAAGAGAGCCAAUGCUCCCCUGCAACAAUAAAAUGGAGCCUCAUUCCUUUCAAGGGAGUAAGCACUUUCUGGCUGAUAAGAGGUUUACAAGAGUUUUCCUCCUGUCCUGUCCUGUCCUCAGUCGCUUGGAAUUUACACCAUUCUAGUCUGAAUCUUCAGCCCUUAUUAGUGAUGUGUGUUACUGGUAGUUGAAACACAAUUUCCCCAACUGUAAAUAUUCUUGCUACAGGAUAAGAGUUCUUGUGAGCUACCCACAAUUCUCCAAAAUUGGUGCUGGACCUGAAUAGUACCUAACCGGAUGCCCCAGGGGACCAGCAAGGAAAACAGUGCUCUGGGGGGCAUGCGGCUUGUCUGGCUAGGGUCACAGAGCAGUUGGAGAUCUGGGAGCACCUGUCUGAGAGCUUUGGGGGAAAGAGAUACUUCCAGUAAUAAGCAUGUUUCUUCCUAAUGCAAACUAAUGCAUGGUUUGAUCUAACUGCUCAGAAGUUUGCAUGCAUAUAUGAAAUAGGGAUGUGCAAAUCGAUUUGAAUUUGAAUCAAUUCCAUUUGAAUCUGGGCGAUCCAAGUAAUUUGAAUCAAAUCACCCAUGAACAGGGUAAUUCAAUUCAAUUUUAAAAGGAUUUUUCAAAAUUUGAUUCAAAUUUGAGAGCCAUUUGGCACCUUUUAAAAGCUAUCCAGGCCCCCUGAUUGGUUAAAAAAAAGUGCCAAAACAGGGUACAAAUCAAUUCAAAUUUGAUUUUAAUUUGAAUCAAAUUUUUGGACCAAAUUAGAAUGUGAUUCAAAUUCAAAAUGAAUUUUCGGAAUUUGAUUAGAAUUCAAAACAAAUUGAAAAAUUCAUUUCUUGCACAUCUCUAAUAUAAAUCAGCCCCUGGGUGACUUCACCUUUUCAAUCCAUUUGGCCAUUUGGUUUUCUUACCAUCAUCUGUUCUUAGGCAGGCUGUUUGCCAGCUCCUCUCACAGAACGUUUACCUUAAGGCAGGCUUCCCCAAAGUGCGGCCCUCCAGAUGUUGCUGAACUACAACUCCCAGCAUACCCAGCCACAAUAAAUUGAGGCUAGGGAUGCUGGGAGUUGUAGUUGUAGCAACAUUUGGAGGGCCACAGUUUGGGGAAGCCUGCCUUAAGCCUUCAACCGCCCAGUCCACAGACAGUGUUGGAACUAGGGCAGAUAAAAACAACAUCUGCUUUUCAGAGGGAUACAAGAGCCAUAUACAUGCAUACAUACUAUUACGCUGCAUUAGUUAUCUCUUCCAGCAUUCAACAUUUUGAAGGCAGGCACAUUAGUGAAGUAACCAACAGGUACGAGCUCCUAACUGUUGUAAGAGAAUCAGAUUCCAAUUUGAGAGGCUGUAUUAAUUUGGCCAACUUUGCUGGACUCCAUUUGUGGUUAUUAAGUAACUAGAGAGCAUAUUUUGAUGAGAAUUGGAGGAUCUGAUCCAGACUUCUCAUUUUUGUAUUAGCAAACAACCCUGAAGGCUUUUUUCCUUUUUUAUUUUUUAAAAUGAUAAUGAUUUUAUUCAGCCUGCUGCAAUAAUAUGUGAAAUUUGAGAAUUUGCUGUGGGUAGACAUUUUCUGGCAUUAUAAAUCAUCAGACUAUUAUAGUCAAAGGCCUAGAAUUAAUUAGUUGGAAUGGGUAUGUGUGUGUGUGUGUGGGCGGGGGGUAGAAUAGAUAAAAAUAAACAUCAUCAUGAUUGGGAAAAGUCAUAAAAAUAAAUUGCUACCUUUAAAAUUGUCAGUGUAUCUUCCUGUGAAGAGUGGGAUUUGGUUUUAAACCUUUCCAUAUAUAUAUUUUUCCAAUUAAAGAUCCUCAGAGAUAA